GUCGCCGCACUCUCGAUUACCGUAUCCCUAAGUUUAACCCCUUAGUUUGGAUCUUUUGUGGGCACAGCAAACCCCUCGAUCCCAAACACUCGCUGGGCAGCGACGACAACACAUCGGCAUUGCGGCAACAGGCGACCAACGGGAGGCAUCAUUGAACAGUUUUGUUACGGAUCAUCAAUUGCACCAGAGGAUUUAGAGAAUUCACCAUGGCGUCCACAAUGGAAGUUGAUGCUCCCAAGGAAGAAGAGGCCAAGCAGAAAGUCUCAGUCCACCCACUCGCCAUUGUAAACAUGUCGGAUCAGUACACUCGCAUCACUUGUGGUGGUUCAGCUCUCAGCAAAGACGAUCCCGUCGUUGGCUUACUAUUUGGCCAAAUGAUCAAAACCGAAGACGACUUGUCUAUUCUAAAAGUUGUCGAUGCCGAUGACAUUCCUACAGACCGAUCGGAAACGGCCAAGACACAAAUCUCCCUUCAUCAUGCCGUCUUUCCAUUGCACGAUGUUGUAGGAUGGUAUCGGGUGGGGAAUUCGGAGGAACCCACGGCCAACGAUCUCCGACUGACACAGGAAUUGAAAGCACACUAUCAAAAACCCGAUCAGCCAUUUUUCUUUUCCCUGUUACAUGUUCGCAGCAGUCCCAAUAAUAAUAAUGGCAACAACAACAAGGAAAAGGACGACAUGAAAAAUGACGACGAGCUGCCAUUGAACUUGUACGAAAUCCAAAAUAUUCACGAUGCAUCGGAAGUUCUGGUGGGAGUGGACAAUUGGUCGCUGGAAACCUCGGAAGCCGAACGGAUUGCGGUCGAGCGAGUGGUACGGGAACAACCCCAGCAAGACAUCAAGGCCAGCAACAACAGUAAUGAUACCAACAACGAGGAACUCCCCACCCAAGCAUCGCCGUACGUAAAUUACAUGACAUCCGUUGAACACUCCCUUCAGGCCAUGCAGGAUCGGAUCAAAGUCAUUAUGGAUUAUCUGGAGAGCAUGGGCAAGGGCGAGAUCCCGCCAAAUCCCUCACUCAUGCGUCAAAUUGAAGGACUGAUCCUACAGCUUGGGCCACUGCAAGCAUCCUUGGAAAGCAACAGCAACAACCGCAACUCGCAGGACAAUCCAUAUCAACUUCAGCAAUCCAUGAGUGACGAAGAUGCGGAACUCUUUUCUCAUUUGGCAGCCGUCGCCAAGGCAGUGCAAUCCGUCCAUAGCUAUACGGAGAAAUUUCGAACAUUGCAUGAAAACCGUCCCACGGGGGGCCGUGAAGGACGACGGGGAUACUGAUUGAAACUAUUGAACUCGAAUGACGACAGAAAAAGAAAGCAAUGAAAAAGGAAGAGUCGAGUCCGUGAGACCUCAAAGGCCCAUGCCCGGAGACUUGUCUUUCUGUCAUUUUGGCACAACUUCAAUUCAUACAACGAAACUGGGUGAGACACUACGGCCAGGUCACUCCAUCGGGUUGCCAACAGAGGUUGCAACUGCAGGAGUCGGGUUGCUCUCACGGGCACUCUUCCUAAAAUAAUAGAACUCUUCACAGUACCGUCCGUCCCUGAUGCUGUUUGGUCCUUUACCGUCCU